CGCACUGUACCGUAGCCUACGUGCGCAUCCCCCGCUUCGUUCGUGCGCGCCGCCGUUCCUGCGGAAUUCAGGGAGCUGUGGUCGGACUCUGAAGACUCCCACCCCACCUAGAGAAUAAUGAACAACAAAUUUGAUGCUCUGAAAGAUGAUGACAGUGGGGACCACGACCAGGAUCAAGGCUCACAGAAAGACUGUGAGAAGGAAAAAAAUGACAAUGAUGAGGACAAUGAUCAGAACACUGCCAAGAAGAAGGUGUGUGUGUCGCCCAAAUAUAAUGCUACAAUUGCAGUUCCAGGGGUAGGGGAGCACCCCCUCCAGUAUAACUACUCCUUCUGGUACUCCAGGCGCACCCCCGGCCGGCCUGCCAGCACCCAGAGCUACGAAUCCAACAUCAAACAGAUCGGCAGCUUUGCCUCGGUGGAGCAGUUUUGGCGUUUCUACAGUCACAUGAUCCGUCCGGGCGACCUGACAGGCCACAGCGACUUCCACCUUUUCAAGGAAGGUAUCAAACCCAUGUGGGAGGACGAUGCCAAUAAGCUAGGUGGGAAGUGGAUUAUCCGGCUGAGGAAGGGCCUGGCGUCUCGUUGCUGGGAGAAUCUGAUUCUGGCCAUGCUGGGGGAACAGUUUAUGGUGGGGGAGGAGAUCUGUGGCGCUGUGGUGUCUGUACGCUUCCAGGAGGACAUAAUCUCCAUCUGGAACAAGACAGCCAGUGACCAGGCCACCAUUACCCGGAUCAGAGACACUCUACGUAGGGUCCUCAACCUACCCCCCAACACCAUUAUGGAGUACAAGACACACACCGACAGCAUCAAGGCCUGGGAGGACUUCCAUGGUCUGGUGAACGCUGUUGGUGGUCGCUAGUCUCUAAAGCUGUGAGUUUCUGCCAAGGAUUUGUGUGUAGUGUCUUUUGGAUGAAAUCCGGAGGAAUAAUACCUUUUUAAGGAUCAGUACUGUUUUACAUGGCGACAGCGAGGGAGAGAUAGAGAGAGAUGAAGAGAGGGGGGACAGUGGCAAAAGAGCAUUCCUUCCUUUCUAUGGCUCAUGGAACCCAUUUGAACUUAACUGAAAAAGAAAAUCCACUGUACGGAACACGGAACCAAGCCGGUUGUCGGUUGGUUGGAGCAAAUAAGAAAAAUGCUUUUUUAUCUGCCUGUCAGUCAGAGAUUAAUGAAACCUCAGUGGGUGUUUUUCAAGCUACACUGUCCCUGAUCUGCCAACAGAGGGAGACUUUGGCCAAUGACUGUUGACGGAAUCUUCUUCUAACAGAAUAUUAAACCAAACCCUUCCCAUAAAUAGGUAUAUACAGUAUAUUCAUCAUUGUGUAGCACAAUCACAGUUCCCUUUGGUAGAGUUUUAAAUGUACAGCAGAGAAAAUGUAUCUGUUUUUUUUUAACUCUGAAACUAAACAGGGUUGCUGGUGGAAGUUAUUUUAUUAUAGUGCAGUAUUUUAACUACAAUGCCUCUAGUUAUUUAAACUAGAAAUAUUAUUACGUACAAAAAUAUAUUUCUAGAAAAAGAUAUGUCCUUUUGAGAACUCUAUUUACUUAAUGAGAAUCGAGAACUUGAUUCUUUACCUUUGACCAGGAACUUUUCAACCCAAAGGAUGGGGACCAUCCUAAAGGGGGACCGCGGGUAACGUGAAACGGCCUCUUUAGAAUGGACUGCCUAGCUGCCUAUAUCACUGUGCCUGGCCUCGAGACGGACCCAACCCAGAUUAAACAUUCAAAAUGCCUUUCAAGAUCCCACAGUGAAGAUGGACAUAAAAUUACAACUUUAACAACAAUGUAAUAAUGUUGUAACAAUGUUAUCUGUGACAACAUAAUCUCUCCAGUGUGGAAUGGUGGUAGCCUGGGUGUCAGUCUGUUUCUGCUCUCUUGCCAACACCUUAUGGAAUUGUCAUGCAAAACAGUUUGGCUUGACAAUGAUCAUGGAGUUAGUCAAAAUCACAAAUAGAUCUGGGACCAGGCUAGAAUGGUGGCCCUGCUGUGAUAUUUCCCCCGGGUAGAAGGAGUCCCUGAACACUGACCUGGAUCAGCUCAUCUGACCCCCUCACCAUUUAGUGCUACAGAACAGAAACUGGUCCCAGGCCAGAGCUUGGGGCUCCUUCCAUCUUCUCCCCCCUGAUGAUAUACUGCCUAGGAUUGGGUGGGUGGUGCUGGAAAAAGGGUGUCUUGUCAAAACGAGGAAAGUACUGUCUGAUGGAUAUACACCUGAUGGAUUAUAGCAAUAAAUGUUGAUUAUGCAUCUGCUGCUAA